AUGCCUUCUUCAUCUAGUCCACCAAGUCGUGAUGGUGCCACGACACCACCCACGUGGCCUCUACCUGACAGCAGACCAACGUCUUCAUCGGAUGGACGAAGGACCAGAGACAUCUCACCCGAGUCGUUGCGGAGGCUUUUGGUAGAAGAUCUUCCUCUACCACCCCCAACGGUGCCCAGCAGUCCGCCGCGGGCCUUGGAUAUUCCAAGGGCGCUUGCCGAAGACGUAGACGAUGACGACGACAACUUCGCAACGUCUGCUAUAUCAGAAACGCAAGUAUUUGCGACGAGAUUAUCCCCUCCUCCCUUCCAGCGCUGCGUCUCCUCGGAUGCCACGCCGCAAACCAACACGAACUCGAGUCCCCCAACGCUCGCUAUUCGACCUGCAAGCAGUCACCAGGGCAGGGAGUUGAACAAGUCCGAAGCCGUGAAGGAAGGAUCACCUCGACCGCGGAAGCUUGACACCGCCGUUACCAGUCAGUGCGGCUGCUCUCCGUCGAUUUCGUCAACGGCGUUCAAUACGCCAAUGUCUCCACAGUCACUGGCAGAAGAGCUUCCACCCUUUUACGAUUCGAACGAUGAUGACGAUGUUUUAUCAAGUAAUGAUGGGGAUUGCUUAGCCUAUGGAUCCCACGCGGCAUCUUCGACGAAAGAAUCUUUCAAAGGAUACAGUCUGCCCAGACAUGCCGAGGAAAACAAGUCCACAGACGGGUCUUACUCUAAAAUGAUUGGCUUCCAUACGACAACGGCCAUUCCCAAGGCACUUGAAUCGACCGUGCCCAUUAGCGGCACCAACUUCCUUAAUGGACCUAUCGAUACCGGCCUGGGUCCGGAUGACUUUGUUAACGAGCUCGACCUAUUGGUCGGUGGUAUUGUCAACAAGAACAAUUAA